AUGGCUGGUGGUGUCAAAAAACCUGUCAACAUCUUCAAGCUCAAGCAGCUGGGUAUCCCCAGACAAUCGCUUAACUGGCGACUAUGGCUCGCGGUGUUGAACUUCGGUCUCCUUGGUACCGCUCGUGGUAUUGAUGAAGGCCUGAUUACAGCAGCUUUCAACUCUCCAAGCUUCCAGAAGCUUAUUCAUUUCGACCAGUAUUCGGCUGUUGAGAGAGCCAAUAUCAAGGGCAAUGUCACAGCUAUGGUGCUGUUAGGCUCCAUACCAGGGUCUCUCAUCGCCGCAUAUGUUUGUGAUCGCCUGGGACGACUUUGGGCGAUGCGCGAGCUAUGCAUAGUCUGGAUUCUCGGCAUAGUGAUCUUCAUGACGAGCAAUGGUAAUAUGGGUGCAAUCUAUGCAGGUAGAUUCAUUGCUGGAAUUGGCGUUGGACAAUCCGUCGUUGUCGGCCCAAUAUACGUUGCAGAAAUUGCUCCAGCGCCCAUUCGAGGUCUCUGCACGUGCUUUUAUGCUGGAUUUGCAUACUCUGCCCUUGUAGUUGCUUAUUUUGCAAAUUAUGGAGCGGCUCUACAUCAGCAUGGAAAACCAGUUCAAUGGUAUAUCCCCACAAGCCUCCACUUCAUUUUCGCCACUCUCGUGCUCGCUCUGUCUCUAUUUCAGACGGAGUCUCCCCGAUACUUGAUGAAACGUGGCAAGAGAGACCGCGCUAUCAUGGCAAUGUCUCGAAUCCGCAAUCUUCCUGCUACAGAUCUUUAUGUUGUUGAAGAAAUUGCAGAUAUUGAGCAGCGCUGGCACGAGGAGCAAGAGACCACCCGAGGACAAGGCCUCUUUGGCUUAAUCAAAGAAAUAUUUCUGAUUCCAAGCAAUUUGUUCCGGCUCUAUCUUGGUGUUGGCGGCCAACUUUUAGCGCAAUGGUCUGGAGCGGGCAGCAUUACCAUAUAUGCUGUCGAUUUUUUUGCGCUGGUCGGUAUCACGGGGAGGAAUGAAUCCCUUCUCGCGACCGCGGUAUUUGGGGUGGUAAAGUUCGUUGCGGCCAUGAGCUGUAUGCUUUUCUUGGUAGACUUCAUUGGCCGAAAACGAUCUCUUCUCAUUGGUAUUGCUCUUCAAGCCAUCAGCAUGCUUUACGUGGCGAGCUACCUCACAUCUGAACCCCGACUCGGUGUCUAUGAUGAUUAUGAAUUGCCACCUGCCAAGGUUGGUGCUAGCGAAGGCGCCAUUGCCAUGAUAUAUCUGAGUGGUUUCGGAUGGGCGCUUGGGUGGAACAGUAUGCAGUAUGUGUUGACUGCAGAGUUAUUCCCCCUGAGAAUUCGAGCAGUGUGUACCUCAAUUGUCAUGUGCAUCCAUUUUGCCAACCAAUAUGGGAAUGCAAGAGCAGUACCGAAUAUGCUACUGCCCAGGUCAGAUGGCGGUAUUGCGCCCACCGGGACAUUCUGGACCUUUGCAGCGAUUACUGUUGGUGGGGGGCUAUGGGUUUUGUUCUCUCUUCCCGAGACCGCUGGUCGAUCCUUGGAAUCUAUGGAUCGACUUUUUCAGCUGCCCUGGUAUAAGAUUGGCCUUUUUGGCAACCAGGACGCUGACAAUCGGGACAACGAAGAAACCGUGAACGAGAAGAAUGUGCAUAGUGCAACGCACAUUGAGAUAAGCCAUCAGGAACCCGACAAAGCUGAACCACACGGUUCUCACCAAGUAUGA